UUGUAGUUCGUAAACUUAAUACCCUUUCAUUCUCUCUCUCUAUAAAAAAUUAAGUUUCACAAUACUUUGAAGAUUUCCUUCCCAUGGCGGCUACUGUUGUUGAUUUUGCCGAUGAAGGUGAUCAGCUAAUGAUGUACCUUCCAUCUCAAGUUCUGGAUGAGGCCUGUGAUACAAAGACCCAUUUUGUAAAACCGCUUCAACUACACAGCCACCGCAACCGCUACCACCAUCAUCACCACCUUCAUCAUGAUCGUCGUCAUGCUGUCGUUAAAUUUCCGGUUGAAGAACUUCCUGAUAAGAACUCAAUAAAGAGCAACAAUAAAAAACCGCCGCAGAGACCAAAACUUGGGCAACAUUGGGCAUCGGCGGCAGGGCAUGGAAUGCGAGCCAUUUUUCUAGAUUCUGCCCAAAAAUCAUGUAUUGGUACUGGUGUUUUCCUUCCCCAAAUAUCCCACAACAAUAAAAAGCCAGCAUGUGCUCCUGUUCUCCUACCUUCACGUGUGGUCCAAGCUCUCAACCUCAACGUCCAAGCUUUAGGUUUACAAAUUUCACCUCGACAAGCUGAUCCUAAAGCAAACCGAAAGAGUGGAAGCCAUAACAACAACACAAAUUCAGGCAAACAUAGUAAAAAAACAAAGGAGGUGACGAUACCUUCGUCACAAUGUGGUGUUAUUUCUCAAAAAAGGAAUUCUUCUCCAGAAUUGUUUCUUCCAAAGGAAUGGACUUAUUAAAAAAAUUGCUUUAGCUUCCAAAAAGUGAAGAUUAUGAUUUUUAAACCAUAAAUAAUCCCCAUUUAUUAUUAUUUUUUUAAAAAAAGGCUAAAAGCUCUGAUUCAAUAGUUUGUUUGUGCUGUUAUUUAUGUCCUAUCAUGUAUUUUGAUUUAAAUAAAUAAUAGCAGCCAAAAAUUUCUGCUUUCAUUUCACUUUCUAUGACAAUAUGGUUUUAU